AUGUUUCAACCUAUUAUUACAGAACCAGCGCUUGAAACUUUUGCCUUUAUAAAGGCUGAAUUAUUCACAUGCCAAUUAACAAACGGAGUGACAAAUCAUAGAUUUAACGCUGCGGGAAACAAGAAGCUUGCACUUUUCUUUUUUUAUAAUUCCCUAGAGUUGUCGUUGUUCGUGGAAGGACUGCAACACGAACUCAGGAUACAAUGGGAUGGAAUUAUUGAUAUCAAAUAUGGAGUGGAUAAACAUGUGUUUAUCAAAUUGAAUGAAAAUGCUCGGAAAUGUUAUUAUUUUCAUAACAAUGGAUAUGGCCAAUGUCAACCAUUAUUCGUGACGGCUGAUCCGACUGGUGGUAAAUUUCAUGGCGUGAAGGCUAUUGUGGCUACCGCGAUGGAUGAUCUAAACGCAAAUAACUUGAGUCUCAUUGUGUCUGGACUGCAAGCAAUUCUUCAACCACCUGUCUUUAAAGCCAUGUAUACAAUUCAGGAUUGGCAAGAGAAAGAGAAAAAUGAAUUAGAAAACUUGAUUCCAG